AUGACGCAUAUAACUCAAAUUUCAGUGUGUGAAAUGGAGAGUACGUCGCAUGAACUAGGAGGAAGGACCAAACUUUCGGUCUUUGAGAAUGAAGAUGGGGACACAACUUCCUUACGUAGCCACGAAUCAAAACCUGCCCUUUCCACACUUUACAAAACAGCUCUAAAACCAGAAGAUUUAUUGUCGGUGGUAGAGUUUCAUGGAAAAGUUGAUCCUCUAGGCCUCGGAGUGCUAGCAGAAGAUGAAGAAGAAGUUGAAGACAUUAGCUAUGGUGAGCUCAAGAAACGAAUGUGGAAAGAUCAUAUGCGGUUACGAAAGUUCAAGGAGGAUCGAAAAAUCAUAGAAGACGAAGAAGAAGAAGAAGAAGCCGAGACCUUAGCAAAGCAAGAGGCGUCUCGUCGGAAGAAAAUGGCAAGAGCCCAAGAUUCAAUACUCAAGUACAUGGUGAAAAUCAUGGAGGUUUGCAAAGGAAAGGGCUUUGUGUAUGGGAUUGUGCCUGAGAAGGGGAAGCCAGUGACAGGGUCCUCUGAUAGCUUGAGAGAGUGGUGGAAGGACAAAGUGAUAUUUAACCGAAAUGCCCCAACUGCCAUAGCUGAGUACUUCCCAGCUUUGAUUUUUGAUCAAGGUGAAUUGGACCAUGGCUCUUAUGCUCAUCUUCUUCAUGAACUGCAAGACACUACUUUGGGGUCUCUGCUUUCUGCUCUGAUGCAGCACUGUGUGCCUGCACAGAGGAGGUUCCCAUUAGAGAAGGGCUUGGCUCCUCCAUGGUGGCCUACAGGGGAGGAGCUUUGGUGGGGUGACCAGGGGGUUUCUAUAGAUCAUGGUGCUCCUCCUUAUAGGAAGCCUCAUGAUCUUAAAAAGGCUUGGAAAGUGAGUGUCUUGGCUGCUGUGAUCAAGCACAUGGCUCCUAAUUCAGAUAGGAUGAGAAGGCUUGUGAGGCAGAGCAGAUGUUUGCAAGAUAAAAUGACUGCUAAGGAGACUGCUAUUUGGUCAAAAGUGGUCAAUCAAGAAGAAGUCCUUCUGCAACUUACUGAGACUUGCCUCAAAAUCUCUGACUCAAAUGAAAAGGAGGAUCAGAAAUAA